AUGGCCGCCGUUGCUACCCGUGCCCUCGCCUCCGCACCGGUUGCCUUCGAGGCUACAAGCCAACGCCUUGUCGCCGGCAAGGCUCUGCGCUCCGCUGUCCCUGCCAUCUCUGCUGUGCGCGGCCAGAGGCUCGUUGCUCGUACAAGCCUUGAGAAGCCCACUCGCCAGACCUACUUCGCCUCCCCCCAGUCCCUGAGCUACCUCGAUGGGACCCUCCCCGGCGACUUCGGCUUCGACCCCCUUGGCCUGUCCAACCCUGAGGGUGCUGGCAACUUUAUCGACCCCAAGUGGCUCACCUAUGGCGAGCUGAUCAACGGCCGCUGGGCUAUGCUCGGUGUUGCCGGCAUGAUCGCUCCCAAGAUCCUCGGCAGCUACGGCAUUGGCCCCAAGAUUGUGUGGUUCCAGUUUGGUGUGAUCCCUCCUCUUGGCGGCUACGAGUACAGGGCCGAUCCCUAUGCUUUGUUCGUCCUCGAGAUCGUCCUCAUCGGCUUCGCCGAGCACAGAAGAGCUCAGGACUACUACAAGCCCGGCUAUGGCUCCAAGCAGUACCUGCUGGGUCUUGAGAAGGUUCUCGGCGGCUCUGGUGACCCCAUCUACCCCGGUGGCCCGGUCUUCAACUUCGCUGGCCUGGGCAAGACCGAGGCUGAGAUGCACACCUACAAGACCAAGGAGGUCACGAACUCCCGCCUUGCCAUGCUCGCUGCCCUCGGCUUCUUCUUCCAGGCGUGGAUCACCGGUAUGGGCCCGUACCAGAACCUGCUCGACCACUUGGCCGACCCUCACCCCCCUUAA